GUAUCGUUGAGUCCAACCCGGGGAAGUUCCCUGGGGAGAAUGAGCUGCAGGAGAGGAGAGACUGUGAGCGGACACGGCAGGCCGUACAGGAGAUGAAGGAGCAACUCUCCAGUCCCUCUGUUGUGGCCCAGGCAGAGAAGAAGAACAGACAGGCUCUGAUGGGUGCCUCUGGGCAGGACAGGUCUGAUGGUCUGGAGUCUCACCUGGUGUCAACCAACUCCAGAUACAUCCAGGAUCAACAGGAACAACAGCAGUUGAUCAUGCAGGACCAGGAUGAGCAGUUGGAGCUGGUGACAGGAAGCAUCAGAGUACUGAAAGACAUGUCAGGACGCAUCGGAGAUGAACUAGACCAGCAGGCUGUUAUGCUAGGAGAGUUUGGAGAGGAGAUGGACCAGACGGGUUCUAGGAUGGACUCUGUCCUCAAGAAGAUGGAGAAAGUCUCCCACAUGACCAGCAGUAGGAGACAGUGGUGUGCCAUCGGAGUACUGGUGGUCAUCAUGGUAGUUGUUCUCAUCCUCUUCUUCACCCUCUGAGUACGGACCUCUC